AUGGACUCUUUUUUCACAGGAUAUUUCUUUUAUAAUCAAUCAAUAAAAACUGAAAUGGAGGGGUUGUCAUCAGAUUUGGUUACAUACACACUUUAUUUGAAGAACAAGACUGAAGUCACCAUGUUUAUAUUGAUGGGCUUCACGGACGAUUUUGAGCUGCAGGUCUUCCUAUUUUUAUUGUUUUUAGCAAUCUAUCUUUUUACUCUGAUAGGAAAUUUGGGACUGGUUGUAUUGGUCAUUGGAGACUCCCGACUCCACAACCCUAUGUACUACUUUCUGAGUGUUUUAUCAUUCCUGGAUGCCUGCUAUUCUACAGUUGUCACCCCCAAAAUGCUGGCCAAUUUCCUGGCAGAGGAUAAAGCCAUUUCAUUUCUUGGAUGUGCAACACAGAUGCUCCUGUUUGUUACUUUAGGGACCACAGAAUGCUUUCUCUUGGCGGCAAUGGCUUAUGAUCGCUAUGUAGCCAUUUACAACCCUCUCCUGUAUGCAGUGAGCAUGUCACCCAGCGUCUAUGUGCCACUCAUCAUUGCCUCCUAUGGUGGUGGAAUUCUACAUGCUACUAUACAUACGGUGGCUACUUUUAGCCUCUCCUUCUGUGGAUCCAAUGAAAUCAGACAUGUCUUUUGUGAUAUCCCUCCUCUUCUCGCUAUUUCCUGUUCUGACACUCACACAAACCAGCUGCUUCUCUUCUACUUUGUGGGCUCUAUUGAGAUAGUCACCAUUCUGAUUGUCCUAGUCUCCUAUAGUUUCAUUGUGUUGGCAAUUCUGAAAAUGCAUUCUGCAGAAGGGAGACAAAAAGUGUUCUCUACAUGUGGCUCUCACCUAACUGGAGUGACAAUUUACCAUGGGACAAUCCUCUUCAGUUAUAUGAGACCAAGUUCCAGCUACGCUUCAGACCGUGACAUGAUAGUAUCGAUAUUUUACACCAUUGUGAUUCCCAUGCUGAAUCCCAUCAUCUACAGUUUGAGGAACAAAGAUGUAAAAGAGGCCAUGAAAAGACUUUUGAGAGAAAUUGGUUCAUAA